UGUCAGUUACCCAACAAACUCAAACUAAAUAACAUUAUCAAAAAAAAUGUUUAAAAAAAAAUCUUACGCCUUCGAUAACCCAUCUUUUGAAAAUGUUGAAAAUAAUACAACGAAAAUUGAAAAUGCCCCGAUUAAAAAGGAAAGAAAAGUGUGGGAUAAUAGCUGGGAGUUUUUGAUGUCUUGUAUUGCGAUGUCGGUUGGAUUGGGAAACGUUUGGAGAUUUCCGUUUACCGCUUACGAAAACGGUGGCGGAGCUUUUCUUAUACCUUAUUUAAUCGUUUUAUUGGUAGUUGGGAGACCAAUGUAUUAUUUGGAAAUGUCUUUGGGUCAAUUUUCAAGCACUUCCGUCGUUAAAGUUUUUGGAAAUUUAGCUCCGGCUUUAAAAGGUAUAGGAUAUGGGCAAUUUUUAGGUUCAAUAUGCGUCUCAACUUAUUAUUGCGCUUUGAUGGCGAUAAUUCUUUUUUACUUCGUGAAUUCUUUCACGGGAGAUUUGCCUUGGGCGACGUGUCGCCCAGAAUGGGAUUUAGCAAAUAUGACCUGCAUCCCAGCUACUUUUAAAAGUAACGAAAGCGUUACACUUCCAACUCACGGUUCUGUUGCAAUAAGUUCUUCAGAACUUUAUUUUAGGAUGGAAGUUUUGAAAGAAAAGGAUGAUAUUUCAGAUGGUUUGGGAACCCCGGAUUGGCGAUUAACAAUUUGUUUAUUCGUUUCUUGGAUAAUCACUUUUAUGGUUAGCUGUAAAGGUGUUUCGAGUUCCGGAAAGGCCGCUUAUUUUUUAGCUUUGUUUCCCUACGUUAUUAUGCUCGCUUUAUUGAUAAGAGCUGUCACUCUACCGGGAGCCGGAGAAGGAAUUUUAUUUUUUAUUAGACCGCAAUGGGAUAAAUUAUUAGAUGCUAGUGUUUGGUAUGCGGCGGUAUCCCAAUGCUUUUUUUCUUUGGGAGUCGGUUUCGGGACGAUAGUAAUUUACUCCUCGUAUAACAAUUUUGAUCAUAACAUAAACCGCGACGCGAUGAUCAUAACGACAUUGGACACGUUCACGUCUUUAAUGGCGGGGACGACCAUUUUCGGUAUUUUAGGUAAUUUGGCGUAUGAAAUGAACGUUAACGUCGAUUCGGUAAUAAAUUCCGGGGGAAACGGUUUGGCUUUUAUCUCUUAUCCCGACGCAAUUGCGAAAUUUGAUGUCGUCCCGUGGUUAUUUGCAAUCCUAUUUUUUGGAAUGCUCUUUAUCCUCGGCGUUGGUACCAAUGUUGCGCUUCAAAUUAUGGUUAACAGCGUCAUUUCAGAAUCGUUAACCAACUUAAAAUCGUGGCAAGUAUCCGGACUUACAGCUACAAUUGGAUUUUUAAUAGGAUUGGUUUAUGUUACACCUGGUGGCCAAUUUAUUUUAAACUUGGUCGAUUUUUAUGGCGGAACAUUCAUUAUUUUCGUUUUGGUUGUGUUUGAAGUGAUCUGCGUCUUUUGGAUUUACGGUUUAAACUCAAUUUGCGACGACAUUUAUUUUAUGGUAUCAAAACAAGUUCAUUGGUACUGGAGAUUAACUUGGGGCAUUUUAACCCCGGGUUUUUUAAUCAUUAUUUUCUUCUACUUCGUUAUAACGAAUCAAAAAUUAACGUACGGCGGUUUAGAAUAUCCGGAAGUAGCUUCAGGAUGUGGUUGGGGCAUUUUGGGCAUUUCUAUGUUGCAAUUUGUAAUGUGGACUACAUAUUACUUUUACCAAAAUAAAAACGAAGGUUUUUCAAAGAUGAUUAAGAAAUCGUUUUCUUCGGUUAAAUGGAGACCGAAAAGAACGGAACACUACGAAAAUUGGAAACUGUAUAAACUACAAAAAGAGAAAGAGAUAGUUGGGGAAUCUAGAGCGAAAAAAAUACUUAAAGCUAUUUUUAAUUUUAGUUAGUUUUUUAU